AUGCUUCCUGCCGACAUCCAACUCCCGCCAUACCAAGGCCACUGCGUAAAAUUGUCGGUCAUAAAUGGAGCCAAAUCGUUCAUGCGGGCCGGACUGCUCGUGAACCCAGCUCCGACGAACCACGAACACCUCGAGUUGGCUGGAUACUGCUUCUUGGUUGAAUCACAGCAGCUUCGCCAGAAAGUUCUCUUCGACUUGGCAUUCAUGGAAAAUGUAACGGCUCGCGCGCCGCCGUCAUUACAACCCAUGCUCAACAACAAGGACGUCUUGAGAAUUGAAGAAUGUCGGAACAUCGCAACUGUUCUUGAAGAACAUAACGUCGACCUCGCAACGAUAAAUUCGAUCAUCUGGUCGCAUGCGCACAUCGAUCACACAGGCGACCCAUCUGUCUUCCCAUCCUCGACAGAACUCAUCGUCGGUCCGGGCUUCAAAACCAACUAUAUACCCGGCUACCCGACGAAUCCUCAAUCGCCAGUGCUUGACAGUGCGUUCCAAGGUCGAAGUGUCCAAGAGCUCGACUUCUCCACUAGCUCAACGACUAUUGGCGGAUUCCGAGCCAUCGACCUCUUCCAUGAUAGCUCAUUUUGGGUUCUGGAAACUCCAGGUCAUACUGAGCAUCAUAUCAGCGCCUUAUGUCGAACAACAGAAGACUCGUGGGUGUUCUUGGGGGGUGACCAUGUGCGGAAAGAAGCAGGUGGGUCGUUCUUUGGUCUCGCGCCGGGUAUGCAGGAAGACUUGAGUAAGGCACAGAACACGCUUGAGAAGCUGAAAGCCUUCGAUGGGAGGGAUGAUGUAUUGAUCGUCAUUGCGCAUGACUCUAGCUUGUUGGAUGUCAUGAGUUUCUUUCCAAAAGACAUGAACAGAUGGAAAGAUCAAAAUUGGGCAGAGAAGGGUAGAUGGAAAUUUCUUCGAGACUUUGACAAUUGA